CUAACAGACUUGAAUGACAAGGAGGAGACUUCAGCUGGUUUGACGUUUAAGGGCUGGCACACACAAACACACACACCGUCUGUUACGGAGUUUUAGGCUCAGAUUUUUGUAUUAAUUAAAAAUAACAUAUUAUACAUGUAAAUACAAAUACAUGUAUAUAUUAUACAAAUACUGUAUUUAGAAAAGGUCAAACAGACAGAGGUUUCUUUCCUUUCAUCUUUCUCUCUUGCUUCCUCUCCACUUUCCUCCAUUUCUCUCUCACUUUAUCUUUCCUUUUUCUCUCUCUGCUUUUCUACUCACCCUCAAUCUCUUUCUCUCUCUCUCUCAAACACAACUUUUUCUUUCUCUCAUUUGAGUGAACUACAAGUACAAAUAUAUACUUACAUUUAGUUUCAACUCCAACCUUAGCUUCACUUUUGGCUUCUCUAUUGGUCCUUAUCUUCAUUGAUUCUUGGUCGUAGCUGCAAAUCCUCUGUUGGGUCAUUAUCAUUUCUCAAAUUCCACAUUGCAUUUUGAAUAAAAAUUUCUUGUUUAAUCCAUUCUUAUGGAAAAAGAGAACUUUUCAUACAAUCUGUCCAGUUUCGGAAUGGAAAUUCAACCCAAUGACCUGAAUUGUAGUUCAGAACAACUACCCAAUUGCUUUUUCAAUCCCAAUUGGGAGAAUUCAAUGGAUCAGAGUGACCCUUUUGAGUCUGCCUUGAGCUCCAUGGUCUCAUCUCCGGUGGCCUCCACUGCCGGAAUCACCACCGGCAACGGCAGCGGCGGUGGCGAGAGUGUUGUCCUCAGAGAACUGAUUGGUAGAUUGGGAAGCAUUUGCAAUUCUGAGGAAGUGUCACCUCAGUCAUACAUUGCAGGCAACAACAGUACUAACACUUCAUGUUAUAGCACUCCUUUGAAUUCCCCACCAAAGCUCAAUCUCUCAAUGAUGGAUCAUCAUCAUCAGAUCAGAGGGAAUUUGCCAAAUAAUGGAAAUCAAUUGCCCAACCAUCCUAGUUUGGCGCCUUUUUCCACUGAUCCCGGAUUCGCGGAGAGGGCUGCAAGAUUUUCCUGCUUUGGUAGCAGGACUUUUGGUGGCCUAAGUGGCCAAUUUGGUGUGUGUGAAUCUGAAAUGCCUCAUAGAUUGACACCAAGAAUGGAGUCUGUGAAGGUCUCGAGAGUUUCGAGUAAUAACCAGUCUGUCAAGGUUGCUGGAUCUCAAAUGGGUGUUCAGGAGGAAGGAAUUGCAGCUUCUGAUAAGAAAUUCAGUAGGCUAUCGUCGUCUUCAACCCCGGAAAACGGAGAAUUGGGUGAUUCCAGGGAGGGAUCUUCAGUUUCUGAGCAGAUCCCAGGUGGGGAAACUGGGAUGAAAGGUCAGAAUGAUGGCAAUGGGAGGAAAAGAAAGUCAAUUCCCAGAGGAAAAGCAAAGGAAAACCAAUCUUCUUCCCCUGCUAAAGAUGUCAAGGUUGCAGCAGAGAGUGAUGAAUCCAAUCCGAAGAGAAGCAAGUCAGAUGAAGCUACUGGGAAUGGAAAGGAUGAUGGAAAUGGAAAGGCAGGGGAUGGAAAUCAGAAACAAUCUAAGGAUAGUGCAAAGCCUCCAGAGCCUCCUAAGGACUAUAUCCAUGUCAGAGCCAGGAGGGGUCAGGCUACUGAUAGCCACAGUCUAGCUGAAAGAGUUAGGCGAGAGAAAAUCAGUGAAAGAAUGAAAUUUCUUCAAGAUCUUGUACCGGGCUGCAAUAAGGUGACUGGAAAAGCUGUUAUGCUCGACGAAAUCAUAAACUAUGUGCAGUCCCUGCAGCGCCAAGUUGAGUUCCUUUCAAUGAAACUAGCAACUGUCAAUCCAAGGAUGGAUUUCAACAUGGAAGCUCUUCUGUCAAAGGAUAUCUGUCAAUCUCGGGGAGCUAUGCCACACAACAUUUAUCCAUUGGAGGCAUCAUCAACGGCAUUCCCUUAUGGGUAUCAAUCUCAACAAGGGCAACAAUUGCAUAGUGGCAUUUCUAAUGGUACAGAGAUCCCCUUCUCAAUGAACCCUUUGAACGCUGCACUGCGUCGAAAUCCAAGUAUGCAGCUGCCUCAAAUGGAUGGAUUUGGUGACAUUGCCUCUCAGGUUUCCGCAUUCUGGGAGGACGAUCUUCAAAGCGUUGUUCAGAUGGGUUUUGGCCAAAAUCAGCCACCGAGCUUUCCUGGAACAAUGGCUACUAACCAGAUGAAAGUUGAGCUAUAAAUCCAUUGUCAACAUUGUUGAUUUCACUUGAGGCCCCAAGUGAGAGAGGCUUCUGUAUAUACAGAGACAUGGGUUACAAACAAAUUUGGACUUCAAGAAAGAGAUCAUUUUCUCUUUCAUUCUUACUUUUCUUUUCUUUUUUAGCUAUCGUUGCAACCGAUUCUUUGGAGAACUCUUACGAGAAAUCCAUUGUAAAAUCUUAGAACUAAUUGCAAUCAGUGGUGCAAAAAAUUUUAUAAAGCCACAAGUUAAGAUGUUGUAACAUGGAAAGAAGUGUGUUGUAGGGUUGAUGAGAGAGACUAUCACUCAUGUAAGCUUUUAUCCCACCCUUGUUUUGCAUAUUUCUCUACCAUAUAUUCUGUAAUGUUUAUCAUUAAUUAUUAAUUGGGACACUUUGAUGAUAA